GGCUCGCGGCCGACGGGCUCGGGCUCGCUGAAAAGGCGGUGCUCUCCGCGUGGCCCCGGAAGGACUUCGCGGGAAGGCGGGCGAAGGAAGCAGGCGAGAGGCGGAGGUAGCCCGAGAGGGCGGUUGCGUGCGGAGCAGACGCCCGCGGCCUGGUGAGCUUCCAGACGCCGGCCCUCCCGGAUCCAAGCCCGCAGAGCCACCAGGCCACCUCUCCCUCUUGUGCUUCCGGGAGCCGUCGCGAGCGAGUGCGCCUGCGCGACGGCCACUCCGCGCGCCUCACCGCUCUCCUCGCGCCGGCCGGCUGCCCGAAGGUUCCUGCCGAGCUUCCCGCCCGGCGUUUCGGCUCGGCGGCGCACCGGCGUGCGGCAUGUCACGGCGACGGCACAGCGACGAGAACGAUGGCAGACAACAAUCAAGUAAAUAUAGUGUAUCAUAUGGUAUUAAGUGCUAUGGAGAGAAAGAAAACUGGAUAAAGAAAGUAGAGGCUGCUGUCGGGGAGGAGUUGCCAUUUUGUAUUGGUUGGUCAGGGAAGGCCUCACUGAGAAUUGCAUCUGAUCAAAGACCUGCAGGAGGGGGACAGCCUCACAAAAGAAGAAAGACCUCUGAUGCAAAUGAAACUGAAGAUCAUUUGGAAUCUUUAAUAUGCAAAGUAGGAGAAAAGAGUGCCUGCUCUUUGGAGAGCAACCUAGAAGGCUUGGCUGGCGUUUUGGAAGCUGAUCUUCCUAACUAUAAGAGCAAGAUCUUAAGGCUUCUUUGUACAGUUGCACGUCUGUUACCUGAGAAGUUGACAAUUUAUACAACAUUAGUUGGACUGCUAAAUGCCAGGAAUUACAACUUCGGUGGAGAAUUUGUAGAAGCCAUGAUUCGUCAACUUAAAGAAUCGUUGAAAGCAAACAAUUAUAAUGAAGCUGUAUAUUUGGUCCGUUUUUUAUCUGAUCUUGUGAAUUGUCACGUCAUUGCUGCCCCAUCAAUGGUUGCUAUGUUUGAAAAUUUUGUAAGUGUAACUCAGGAAGAAGAUGUGCCUCAGGUGCGCCGGGAUUGGUACGUGUAUGCAUUUCUAUCAUCUUUGCCCUGGGUUGGAAAGGAGUUGUACGAAAAGAAAGAUGCAGAGAUGGACCGAAUCUUUGCCAACACUGAAAGCUAUCUUAAAAGACGCCAGAAGACUCAUGUGCCCAUGUUACAAGUAUGGACUGCAGAGAAACCGCAUCCACAAGAAGAGUAUUUAGAUUGCCUCUGGGCCCAGAUUCAGAAAUUGAAAAAGGAUCGCUGGCAGGAGCGGCACAUCCUAAGACCUUAUCUUGCCUUUGACAGCAUCCUGUGUGAAGCACUGCAGCACAACCUGCCUCCUUUCACACCACCUCCUCACACUGAAGAUUCGCUGUACCCGAUGCCAAGGGUCAUCUUCAGAAUGUUUGAUUACACGGAUGAUCCUGAGGGUCCUGUAAUGCCAGGGAGUCAUUCAGUGGAAAGAUUUGUGAUAGAAGAGAAUCUUCACUGCAUCGUUAAGUCCCACUGGAAGGAAAGGAAGACUUGGGCCUCUCACUGUUGUGGCCUCUCCAGUUGCGGAGCACAGGCUCCAGACGCGCAGGCUCAGCGGCCAUGGCUCUCGGGCCCAGCCGCUCCUCAGCAUGUGGGAUCUUCCCAGAUGGGGGCACGAACCCGUGUCCCCUGCAUCGGCAGGCGGACUCUCAACCACUGCGCCACCAGUGCUGCACAGCUAGUGAGUUAUCCUGGGAAGAACAAGAUCCCCUUGAACUACCACAUAGUUGAGGUGAUCUUUGCAGAGCUGUUUCAACUUCCAGCACCCCCUCACAUUGAUGUGAUGUACACAACACUUCUCAUUGAACUGUGUAAACUUCAGCCUGGCUCUCUACCCCAAGUUCUUGCACAGGCAACUGAAAUGUUAUACAUGCGUUUGGACACGAUGAAUACUACAUGCGUAGACAGGUUUAUUAAUUGGUUUUCCCAUCAUCUAAGUAACUUCCAGUUCCGUUGGAGCUGGGAAGAUUGGUCAGAUUGUCUUACUCAAGAUCCAGAAAGUCCCAAACCAAAGUUUGUAAGAGAAGUUCUAGAAAAAUGUAUGAGGUUGUCUUACCAUCAGCGUAUAUUAGAUAUUGUCCCUCCUACCUUCUCAGCUCUAUGUCCUGCAAACCCAACCUGCAUUUACAAGUAUGGAGAUGAAAGUAGCAACUCUCUUCCUGGACAUUCGGUUGCCCUCUGUUUAGCUGUUGCCUUUAAAAGUAAAGCAACCAAUGAUGAAAUCUUCAGCAUUCUGAAAGAUGUACCAAAUCCUAACCAGGAUGACGAUGAUGAUGAAGGAUUCAGCUUUAACCCAUUGAAAAUAGAGGUCUUUGUACAGACUCUGCUACACUUAGCAGCCAAGUCAUUCAGCCACUCCUUCAGUGCUCUUGCAAAGUUUCAUGAAGUCUUCAAAACCCUAGCUGAAAGUGAUGAAGGAAAAUUACAUGUUCUAAGAGUCAUGUUUGAGGUCUGGCGGAACCAUCCACAGAUGAUUGCUGUACUAGUAGAUAAGAUGAUUCGUACACAGAUUGUUGACUGUGCUGCAGUAGCAAAUUGGAUCUUCUCUUCAGAACUAUCUCGUGACUUUACUAGAUUGUUUGUUUGGGAAAUCUUGCACUCCACAAUUCGUAAGAUGAACAAACACGUUCUUAAGAUCCAGAAGGAGCUAGAAGAGGCUAAAGAAAAACUCGCAAGGCAACAUAAACGGCGAAGUGAUGAUGAUGACAGAAGCAGUGACAGGAAAGAUGGGGCUCUUGAGGAACAAAUAGAAAGACUGCAGGAGAAAGUGGAAUCUGCUCAGAGUGAACAAAAGAAUCUCUUCCUUGUCAUAUUUCAGCGUUUUAUCAUGAUCUUGACUGAGCACUUGGUACGAUGUGAAACUGACGGGACCAGUGUAUUAACACCGUGGUAUAAGAACUGUAUAGAGAGGCUCCAGCAGAUCUUCCUACAGCAUCACCAAAUAAUCCAGCAGUACAUGGUGACCCUGGAGAACCUGCUCUUCACUGCUGAAUUAGACCCUCAUAUCCUGGCUGUGUUCCAGCAGUUCUGUGCCCUGCAGGCCUAAGGGUCAUUUUUUUUUCCCCUCCUGUCAAGAUUUUUUUAAGAUCUCAAAAUAAUGUCUUAUUUUUGAUGGUUUGAAUGCUUGCUUUCUUGUAGCAUCCUUUCUUGAAGCAGAGGGGGAGGACAGGACAGUGAAGAAUAUGGUAUUGAUUACCUUUAACUGCCCCCUAGAAAGCAGAUAUUCCCUAAUGACAAUAAUGUGACAAUGACCAUAGGAUGGAUGUAUUAUAUAUGUGACAGAUACAACUUUUCUCUGAUAUUUUUUCUCCUUAAGGCACAAAAGAUAACUGAUUUGAGGUAUGUGCAACACUAGAGGUCAAGCUUACAAAGUAGUAUAUAGAACUGAUGGGUUUAUUAUCAAGUAGCAUAGCUUUUCACAGCUCAUGGGUAACCUAACAUGGCUGAAAUAAAACUGAAAAUAUGUUUUUUAAA